AUGGAUAUCAGUCCUCUUGGAAUUGCCAAGGCUGUUAUUCCUAAUUUACCUCUGGUAUUGAAAACCGCUAUUUUAGCAUUGCUUUCUCGUUCCCCAAAUGCUUCAGUCCAGGAUGUCAUCACUGAAGUCAUAGUUGUGACUGCAAGACCUGUGCUUAACACUCCGGCAGCUAUCCUGAAAUCUCAAAUUCAAUCUCAAAUAGACUGGGGAGUAUGGGGACCAAUGUGGAUUGCCAAGUAUACCAUACCGAGACCUCAAGAUGAUUGUCAUGACAACGAAAGAAUUCAUGGUGUUAAAAAUGCUUUACUGAAAGCAAUAAAAGAGCUUGGGACUGGAGAUAAUGUCUUCGUUCUACCAGAAACUGUCGAUGUGCAAGCCGAGUGGACAGGCCAUCGUAGUGGAGUCUCAAACUUUGCUCGCCGACCAGAUAUAUCUGAGUGCAAACAGUAUGAGAUGAUGAUGAGAGAAGUGACUCUGAAUAGUCCCACGAUUCUUUAUUUUCAUGGAGGAGCUUUCUGUCUCAUGGAUCCUGUUACUCACCGACCGACAACAUCUGCGUUGGCUCAACGAACUGGUGGCCGUUGCUUUUCAGUUCGCUAUCGACUGGCACCCCAAGAUCCAUUUCCAUCGGCACUUUUGGAUGCGUUCAUCGCUUAUCUAUCAUUGAUCUCGCCUCCACCUGACUCUUUCCAUGAACCUAUUCCUCCCAAAAAUAUUAUUUUCUCGGGUGAUUCAUCAGGGGCAGGAUUAGCGACAUCGCUUUUGCUAUUAUUAACAACUUUGAAUCGUAUGGGGAUUGACCGUAUUCAUUUCCAUGGCGUAAAUGUGCCAAUCACUGCGACCGAAGUUGCUGGUCUUGCCAUUACUUCGCCUUGCUUGAUAUUUCCCGAUCCCUCCCAUCCAUUUCCUCACGAUUCAGUCUGGCCAGCUCAAUCACCUCGUGUUGAGACCUAUUGCGAGUCAUCAAUGGUCACUCAUCCUCUCGUCAGUCCACUUGCGGCUAACAGGGAGCACUGGCGCGGUGUAGCACCAGUCUACGUAAGUGUAGGUUGGGAGAGCAUGCAAGAUGAAGCAGAGGUUUUUGCGCGUAGACUACACGAGGCUGGGGGGACAGUCAUAUUCGACGGGUACAUGGGUAUGCCGCAUUGCUUUGCUCUCAUGCCGUGGAACAAGGCUGGAAGAACUGCUUUUGAAAAUUGCGCGAGUUUUUGUGUAGAAGCGGUUCGAGGCAAAGUGAACAGCGGUAAUUUCGGUUCAUGGACAAAUAAAGAUGGAACUGUCGAGACGGUCGAGCUAGCGAAACUAGGAAUGAGGAAUAGUGAAAGGAAAGUGGACCUUGACGACGCCCUCGUAGAUAAACUUCUGGAAAAGCAAAGAAGGUGGAGGGUCGAAUUGGAAAAAAAAUUAAGGAAUUGUGAAAAGGGCGAAACAAUAAAGAUAAAUUCAAUCAGGAAUGGCAAGUAA